AUGCAUUCGGCACAAAGACUACCAGCCAAGACCAGCUCGCCAGCCUGUUACCAUUCUGAUGAUGCCCAGUUUCUAGCAUCUAUGCAUUAGCGGGUAAGCUGUGCGACGCGCGAAGUCGCGGAACAGCUCAAAGCGAUGAGUUUGAGGAUAGUCAUGCGUGGUGACAGAAUCAUUUGCUGAAAACGUGUCUCACAUGGCCACGCCACCAGUCCAAAGAUGCGAGAAGCACAAAGCAAGUGCAGUCGAUGUCCUUUCUGCUCCUUGUCUGCAAGCUGACCUCCUCCUGAAGAGGAGGAGUCAGUGAAAGGACUAGCUGACACCAGGAAUUUGGGUGACUGACGGGCGUUACUGUAUAAAAGAGAGCUCUCUUCCACCAGCUUGACUUCAUUCUUCUUCCACAUUCUGCCACGAUGACAGCUCAUUCGGAUCACAACUCGUCUGCGUACUCUCACCCGCUAAGCCACGACGAUGAGCACUUCACGGUGGCAGCCUCUUCACCAUCAGACGUGACCUCACAUGAAGAUACACCAAAACACCAAAGCCCAAACAACGGGUCUCCUUCUGAAGAUCCACCGCAAUACACCGACUGCCAGGACACCUCGAGGCCAUCAAGGAUCGACGGACUCUUGCUCGUCUCCUGUGACGUCGACUCUACUGAGAUCUUCGAGGAACCCAAGAGAAUCUUUGGGAUCAAAAUCAGCUCUGGGAAAGUCCCGACUGGUGUAUCCACUUUCACGCCGCGGUUCAGGACGCGUUCCUUGAUACACAGUUUAGGCACCAAGUAUUUUGACGAAGAGGAGGGCAUCCCGCAGCAGAUGUAUGAUCACGACAUGCAACCGAGGACCGCCAGGUCGGAGGAGCAAGAUGCGGUAGCAGCGAAUCUGAGAAAGAUGACCGAAAAGGUUCUCUCCGCAACUAAACCCCAGAGCACCAACGUUCUGUGGUCGAAAGUCAUUCCAGGAGGGACAUUCGAUGACCUCUCAGGUCACUGCGACGAGGAAGCUCUGAAGACGCUCGGCUGGGAUUAUGACUUGGCAUCGGACCCUGUCUCCUUCUCUUCGGGCUGCAGUCCAUCAUGAAAGACAGUCAUGUCGGCUGCAUCGUGAACCUCGGGGUGAGCAGACUUGAAAUACAUUUCAGCUCAAGGUGUUCACAGCAAAUAGAGUGAGAUAGAUACCAAAGCUAUGCAGUCCUGUGUCUGAUCUGUUGAUGGUUGCCCCUAGAUGUAUGAGUUGAAUGAUCGAGCUGGGAGAACUAAACUUGCACCGAUUUCUUGGAGAGAUGCCUACAUGUCAGCGUUUCAGAGGUGUGAUGCCAUAUCGUCCUGUGCGGACAGCCACUGGGAGAGUCUCGUUCUCAUCUGCUUAGCGGUCCGCGGCUCCCUUGUCAACAUGCCAGGUCGCGCGUUGUGAUGCAUGGAGUAUAUGUGAAGGCCACAUGAAAAGUGUCAAACGGGCAUGUAU